AUGAGUCCUUUACACAAGUUCGUGUCGUUUUUCCAAUCGGAUAGCAAGAGUCGUAAAAAUCUGCUCAGUCAGCAGAAAUUUGCAAGUGAACUUAACAUUAAUGGUGAAAUUGAAGUUUUGAAGAAUCAAUGUGGGAAACUUGUCGGAUAUAGAGUGAAAGUUCUGAAUCUCAUCCUAUGGGAGAAGAGAAACUCAUUAAGAGAUUGCUAA